AGGGCAGGGGGCUCCGGGCAGGGCAGGGGGCUCCGGGCAGGGGUCUCCGAGCAGGGCAGGGGUCUCCAGGCAGGGCAGCGCCCCCGUGAACCGGAGGAGAUGCGGCGGCAGCCGGGCCGCGAGUGACGGCACCGCGGGCGGCGGAGGGCCGCCAUGUCCCUGGGCAGUGACAGUGGCCCUGGCAUCGUGCACAGCCUGCUGUGCCACCGGCAGGGAGGGGACAGCGAGGCCUUCGCCCGCCGCGCCAUCCAGAGCCUGCUGAGGAAGCUGAGGGACAAGAGGGACGAGCUGGACGCGCUGGUGGCCGCUGUCACCUCCGGCGGGGCACAGCCUGGCCAGUGUGUCACCGUGCAGCGCACCCUGGACGGGCGGCUCCAGGUGGCCGGCAGGAAGGGGUUCCCGCACGUCAUCUACGCGCGGCUGUGGCGCUGGCCCGACCUGCACAAAAACGAGUUAAAACCCGCCGGAUUCUGCCAAUUCGCCUUCGACCUCAAGUGCGACAGCGUCUGUGUCAACCCCUACCACUACGAGCGCGUGGGGACCCCCGCCCGCGGUCUGAGCAUCCAGAGCACAGUGCCCCCCCGGCGCCCGGUGAAGGAGGAGUUUGUCCGUGCCUGUGUGCAGAUGGAGCCCCCCGCCCGGCCCCACCGAGCGCUGCCCCCAGAGCCCCCCCGGCUGCCCCGGACCCUCCCUGCGCUCCCCACGGCGCCCCAAGCGACCCCCCAGGACCCCCUGCCCCACAGCGAGGGCCCCCCAGCACAGCCCCCCCCGCAGAACGGGUACCCCAAACCGGCCCAGCACGGUUCACCACUGAGCUGGACCAGUGCCACCACCUCCAGCCCGAGUUUGGGGGGCUCUCAGCCCCCCACCCCACAGCCCCCCGGCAGCCAGAGGCACCCCCAGCACCACCCCAGCCACUGCUGGCCCCCCCACCAUAACCCUGUGCUGCAGCCCCCCGUGUCCACCCACCCUGGGCCGGAAUUCUGGUGCUCCAUCGCCUACUUCGAGCAGGACGUGCAGGUGGGGGAGAUCUUCAAGGUGCCCUCGAGCUGCCCCUCGGUGGUGGUGGACGGGUACGUGGACCCCUCGGGGGGCGCCCGCUUCUGCCUGGGGCAGCUCUCCAACGUCCAGCGCUGCGCGGCCAGCGAGAGGGCACGGCUGCACAUCGGCAGGGGCGUGCAGCUGGAGCGGCGCGGCGAGGGCGACGUGUGGAUGCGCUGCCGCAGCGACCACGCCGUGUUCGUGCAGAGCUUCUACCUGGACAGGGCGGCGGGCAGAGCCCCCGGGGACGCCGUGCACAAGGUGCACCCCGGGGCACACCUCAAGGUGUUUGACCUGCGGCAGUGCCACCGGCAGAUGCAGCAGCAGGCGGCCACCGCGCAGGCCGCGGCCACCGCGCAGGCGGCCGCAGUGGCCGGCAGCAUCCCCGGGCCGGGCUCGGUGGGCGGCAUCGCCCCGGCCAUCGGGCUGUCGGUGGCCGCGGGGCUCGGCGUGGACGACCUGCGGCGCCUGUGCCUCGUUAGGCUGAGCUUCGUUAAGGGCUGGGGGCCCGACUACCCCCGGGCCAGCAUCACCUGCACGCCCUGCUGGAUCGAGGUGCAGCUGCACCGCGCGCUGCAGCUGCUGGACCACGUCCUGCACGCCCUGCCCGACGCCCACGCCUGACGUGGGAGGAGCAGCCGGAAAAAGAGGGAAAAAAAGGCAAAAAGACGAAGUGAAAUGACCAAAAACGUGUUGGUUUAACGGUUAUUUCAUGGAUGGGGUCGGGGUUUGUGGUGCGGCCCUCGGCGCUGAUUUCCACCUCCAGGGUUAACUUUUGUAGGAAAAUAAACCAAGAAAAAAACAUUAAAAAGCCAAAAAA